GCAAAAGGAGUUCAUGCGCAUCGAUUUCUAUAAAUAAGUUGCUCCCGAAGAAUGGCAUUUUGAUUGCUUGUUGUUUCAGUGCGCUGCAAGCAGAGCAAUAAGAAAGAUACGAACAACAGAAUUUAACAAGGAGACGAGGUAUUUCGCCAAACUACUCAACAUGCUUGACAUGUUCCAGUUCCCCGCCUUGCACAAUCAUCAUUGCUGUCUCGUUCCUGCGUACGACUGGUUCGGGACGGAUGACGGCCAGUCCCGUCCGAACAACAUGGCUGACGAGGCUGCUGACGGUUUGCCGAGACGUCCGAUGUCGCUCUAUAAACAGUGCGUGUCCGCGUACGUCGCGAGUUUAAAUUACAACGUGAAUACUCUGGAGCGAGUGAAUUACUUGCAGUUGUUGCCGCCCAUCGUUCUGGCCGACAUUUACGUGAAGAUAUCAAAAUCAUGCAAGUUGGAAAAGAUGCUUCUAAAUCAACUGAUCAACUUAGACAUCAUUGCCCGUUUGCUUCGCUUCAGUUCAGCCCGCCAGAAGUUGUUUCAUUGUAUAGCAACACUUGGGCGGCCACUAGCUACGCAAUUAGAGUAUAAUUUCCUCAUGAAAUAUUUUCCACCUCAAUCCAAACGCGAUAAGAGCACCACAGUUGAGACAAUCGGGAGCGAUAUAGUUGAUUUUGGUCUAAGACUAAGUUCAUUUUUGGCCGAAGCUGGCUGGGUACAAGAAAGUAUAAAGAUUCUAACGGCCAUUGGGAAUAGUUUCGAUAAGUCUACCCAGGAUGAAUCGACAUUAGUGGUUUAUUUAGAUUGUUUGCAAAGGCUUUUGCAUUCGGAAGCAAUUUAUUGUAGCUUUAAAUCAGCGGAGCGCACAUACAAUACUAUUUUAGCAAUUAUGGAUAAGCUAACUCUCGAGCGUAUUCCUAACAAUCUAUUGACGAAUAUAUACACACGAUUUUCGGUUUUAUUCUUUUCGCGUAGUGAAUACGAUCAUAGUCAGAAGUGGAGUAUUUUAGCGGUUAAACAGCUAAAACAAGAUACUCCGGAAAAAAUCAUCGUUGAUGUUUUACGUCAGGCUGCCAAAUCAUGUGUUGUGAAAAGAGAAUUCAAAAGGGCGCAUAUACUAAUCAAUCAGGCUGUGAAGCGUGCAAGGUUGACUUUUGGAAAACGUCAUCAGAAAUAUGCAGAUGCACUGUUAGACUAUGGUUUCUUCCUUCUCACUGUCGACUCAGUAUCGCAGAGUGUUAAUGUUUAUAAUGACGCUUUAAAGAUAAAACAGUACCUUUUCGGUCAAAGGAACUUACACGUUGCAAUCUCUCACGAAGACAUAUCAUACGCUUAUUAUGUACACGAGUAUAGUUCUGGUAACUUCCGACAAGCGCGUGAGCAUGUUGAAAAUGCUAUUGAUAUUAUGAAAGAUCUAGUUCCUCCCGAACACUUAAUGUUGGCAUCUGCGAAAAGAGUGAAAGCUUUACUGCUGGAAGAAAUCGCGAUAGACAAAAUGGUUUCAAAUGAAGGGAAUGAGCAUAAAUUAUUAUUGGGCGAAGCGGAAAACUUACAUAGAAGUGCUUUAAAAUUAUCGUUGCAAGCUUUCGGUGAAGUUAAUGUGCAAACGGCUAAACAUUAUGGGAAUUUGGGACGUUUGUAUCAGAGCAUGUCACGAUUUGAAGAAGCGGAGGAAAUGCAUAAAAAGGCAAUCAAGAUCAAAACCGAUCUUCUAGGGCCAUAUGACUAUGAAGUGGGUCUUUCUAUUGGACAUUUAGCUUCACUUUAUAAUUAUCAUAUGAAAAAAUAUCGAGAAGCGGAGGAACUCUAUCUUAGGAGUAUUGAAAUAAGCCUUCGCUUAUUCGGUAAGACUUACUCGGGUCUGGAGUAUGACUAUUCGGGCUUAUGUCACAUCUAUCAAAGUUUGAAUGAUAGGGAAAAGCACUCACAGUAUGUUCGGAUUCUGGAGAACUGGCAGUCUCUUCGUGAAAGGUCAAAUGUUAAUAAAUCCAUUUAUCCGGAAACUUGGGACGAUAGUACAACACUCGAGGAAGUCACUCAAAAAUUCUUUGAAAUGUGUUCGGAUACAAGCGUCAAUGGAUCUCCAUCGUCCACCUCAUCCCUGUCAGUUGUUGCUUCGUCGUCGUCAUCGAAUGCUGUUUUGUUGCAAGCGUAAUUGUUUGUUUAAAUUGAGCCAUUGAAAUUAUUGCUUUCUGAAGAAAAAUAUUUAAAAAAAAAAAAACAAACUAUCGAAAUAUUUUUCACUGUAUACAAUUAAGAAAUUAGCACAAAUUUUAUGCGCUCUAUCUGUUUUACAUUUAUACAAAGCACGAUGAAGCGACAUUUUAAGAUAUAUUCAUCAUGGAACUUUUACCAAUCGUAUUAGGUUCGAAUCUCUCUUAAAAUAUUUCGAAUAUGUUCAAAGGACAUUCCAUACAGAAGUUUUUUGCUGAUAUAUUAAUUAAUGUGCUGCAGUCAACUAGUUUCGCCCAUUCUGUUUUCAUUUCAUUCAUUAUUUUAGUUUAGUUUUAAACCGAUUUUUGGUUCCCUUAAAUUUAAAGUCGAUCGAUUUUUUUUUCAAUUGUCCCGUGGUUUUUAUUUUUAGUUAAUUUUUUUUAGUUGUAAUUAUUUUUCUGGUUUAUUUUAUUGUACAUUUUUUUUGUGUUUUUGUCCUUAUAUUUUUCUUUGUUUCUUUUUUUUCAUUUAUUUUAAGUCCCUCCCGAUUAUGUUGCAAUACUAUAUUUUCGUCCAUCUAAAGUUUUUAGUUUAAAAGUAGGUUCGAGUUGGAAAAACUAAUUAAGGAAGACUCAUUUGAAUACGUAAUAUGAAGAUUAUUGAAGAAAAGCCAGACUUUAGGCAUAUUAAGCCUUGUACUUAUAGAAAGGCAAGUAAAUGAAAAGAAUAGCAGUCGUUGCAGAUACCUUAUCGGUAUAGUGUCUUCCGUAGCCAUGACUACGGAGCGAAAGCAAACAAUUCUUAAGUUCCAACUAGAAGUAAAAAGGAACAUUAGAGCAAAUGUUUAUAUAUAUCUUCCAAGCCAUUAUGUAUAUAAAAUGCGUGAGUUAAUAUUGAAAUUCAAAAGAAAAAAAAACAAGUGUUACGAUUAUGGUUGAAAUAAAUGAAUAUGAGAAUAUUGAUAGGAUCUAACGAAUAUUAUGAUAAUUUAAAUAGAUUUAAUCAUAGAAAAUCAUGUUUCUCGUAAACUAUUCUGAAUUUAUUGUGUAGAAUCUUGCUUUCUUCUCGUUUAGCCUUUUCUAAAUAUAUUCUUAUUGUACUAGUCCAAAAAUGAUUCAAUUUAAAGAAAUAUGUUUUUGUUUUCAUUAUUUUCGGAAUUAAUAUGAAAAUGCUUUAACCUGUCAUCACAAGAUCUCUGCCCGCGGAGAGACGUUUAUGUUUAAGUAUACUUACUAUUGAGAAUAAAAAUGAAAAUUAACACACGCUUUGUGUAGACUUGGAUAUAGAUAUGUGUUAUAAUAAAUUUUAGGAUUGCCUGUCGA